ACGACUUGUUUCACGCCGCCAGCGCAGGACAAGCACCCAUACUACUGUCCCCGCCGACCUCCCACUCUUCAAAGCCUAUACUGCUAUGAGCGCAUACAUGGUCCUUCGGUAGAUACUCUUGCUCAGCGAUCCACUUCCUCAACCAUUGCUGCUGCCAGCUUCCUUCAACCGGACGGCAGCAGAAGAUACUUCGACUUCAACUCGAAGCACCGCACCAUGUCCUCUCUCAAUGGCAGUGCCGCUGAGAACGGCGGCCUGCGCGAGCGGCUUACCCAGAAGCCAGAUGCCCCACAGAAAGCCCCAUCGAUCGAGACGGCAUCCGAGACUGUCAAGGCAUUGAACCGACAAGAAGAGAAGACGAACAAAGAUGAGAAGGACAAGAAGACGUACGGGCGAACGCUGGACGGCAUUGUCUUCACAGUGCCUCACACAGAGGACAUGGUGUCCCAGCUGUUUGAUCCUCGUCAGCCAAAAGCAGCAUCUGACAUUGCCAUUGUGGUCGCGUUGGGCCUGCAGUUUUGCCUUAUGUGGAUCUUGCCCUCCUUCCUGCGCGUGCCGGUGUUUGCUAUUGUGUUCUUGUUCUGGAGAGCAUGUUACAAUUUCGGCAUUGGUUGGCUCCUUCACAACCAAUCCCAUCACAAGCGCUUGGUGUCGUGGGCGAAGAAGACGAAGAUAUUCGAGAAUCCCAAGACAGGUAACAAUCCACGACCUGCUCUGUAUUCGUUCCUCAAGACGGAAAUGGAAACAAAAAUUCCCAAGGACUACAAGUUCGAAGAUGCCCCACUCGAGUACAAUACCUGGCUUCUCUUCCGUCGCGUAGUCGAUUUGAUCCUGAUGUCCGAUUUUACCGCGUACUGCUUGUUCGCGUAUGCCUGUGGAGGUCGGCCUGAGAACGAGAAAGUCGCCAUGACACUAGCUCGUUGGACAUUUGGUUGGGUGCUGAUUGCUUUCAACCUGUGGGUCAAGUUGGACGCCCACAGAGUCGUGAAGGACUUUGCCUGGUACUGGGGCGACUUCUUCUACCUCAUUGACCAAGAUUUGACCUUUGACGGCGUAUUCGAGCUGGCUCCUCAUCCCAUGUACUCCAUCGGCUAUGUGGGUUACUAUGGUAUUGCUAUGAUGGCAGCGAGCUACAAAGUGCUCUUCAUUUCCAUCAUUGCACAUGCUGCGCAGCUUCUCUUUUUGGCCUUUGUCGAGAACCCACACAUCGAACGCACCUACAACGCCCCUCCUCCCUUGAAGCGCACCAACGAUAUCCCGGACUCGCCGCCGAACCGACCACAAUAUUCCACCCGUCUCCUGAGCGCAGGAAAUGUGAACUCUAUUUCUGGUCCUGGCCUUACUUCUGCGCCGUCGCCAGUCCACAAUCUCAUCGGGCUGCAGAAUAUCGAUCUCCACAGGGUCACUGAUGUCUCGGUCAUCCUGCUGCAAGUCUAUUUGUAUACUGUGGCUUUCCUGACGCCAUCAACGUGGCUGUGGCAGGCAUUUUUCGUGCUCAGCGCGGUGACAUGGCGUCUUUGGUACUCCGUCGGAAUCGGCUUCAUCCUAGAUCGUCAAUCCAAUAAGAAGUGGUGGACACGCCAUUUCUUGAAGUUCGGCGAGAGCACAGAAGAAGCGUGGCGUCAAUGGAAAGGCAUUUACCACAUCAGCACCGUCAUGUGUUACACUACAUUCAUCUGCGCCGCCUGGAAGAUGUACGGCAUGCCCGACGAUUGGACUUAUUCGAUGGCCUUGUUGCGACACGUCAUUGGUUUGGCCCUCAUCUCGCUGCAGGUAUGGACCAUUGCAAGCAUUUACGAAUCCUUGGGCGAGUUCGGCUGGUUCUUCGGAGACUUCUUCUUUCCACAAGAAGCGCCUCAGCUAACAUAUGGCGGUAUUUAUCGCUUCUUGAACAAUCCCGAGCGCACGAUAGGGCUUGCUGGAGUCUGGGGCGCCGCGAUCAUGACGUGGAGCAAGUCGAUAUUCUUCUUGGCCCUACUUUCUCAUGUGCUCACAUUGUGCUUCAUCCAAUUUGUUGAGAAGCCGCACAUGCACAAGCUUUAUCGCCAGAACAUCCGACAGCAGUCAGGAGUGUCCAAGACGAUGCAGCGAACGCUGCCAUCACCUGUAAAGAAGUGGCAAUCAAGCGCAAACCGAGUGCUCGAUGAGACUCUUGACUCCUUGGAAGAUUUCCUCGAUCAGGCUGGACCAAAGCUUGCGUCAGGUUUCAGCUCUUUCGUACAAGACUCACAGACGCUGUUCAGCCAGUUCCCGGCUCGCCUCACUGUUACUCGGCUGGCCCCAGAUCUUGCUGGCUACGACCCCAAGGAUUAUUCAGUCGAGAUUGUUCGCACCGAUGCUCUGAAAUCUGAUGCUCCUCCUAGCGGCAGAGAAGGCGAAAAUGGCCAACAGCCACUCAAGCGUACCGACAGCUUCGAGAGAGUCGUCGUAGAAUAUGGCGCACCUAUCCGGGUCAAGUGGUCAGCACCUCUCCAACACAGCAAACGUGAUUGGAUCGGGUUGUAUCGCGUCGGAGACAACGCGUCUCGAGAGGUCACCAAGCUCGGUUCUCAAGGUCGCUGGUCAGCCACCAACCCCGGCGUGCACGACUACAACAAGGCCGACACCGGUAUCCUCGUCGCUGAUCAGCGUAUCUCUGCGGCUGAUCGUAAGGACGGUGUUGAAAAGGACUUCCUUACUGGAGAAGUGGAAUUUUCAGGUGAUAAGCUCUGGUGGACUCAAGGUGUGUUCGAGUUCCGCUACCAUCACGAUGGAAAGUACAAUGUCAUGGCGACCUCGCUGCCCUUCGAGAUAAAGAUCCCUCGUGUCGACGACGAGGCACUUAUUGGCAGUCAAGAGGGUCUGGCACGAAAUGCUGUCGAAGAGGUGCUCCUGCCAAUCGUGCAAAACUGCUUUGACCGCGAUCCGGACGUCGCCCCUAGGAGUGCCGACGAGCAUUUCGGCCCAACAUUGGAACGCGAAGGCAAGUACGCUAAGCGCGUGGUCUACGCUGUUCAGCAAAUGUUUGGUAUCGAAUUCGCACCUGAAGUGGUGCAAGCAGAUGGCACUGUGAGGAACCUAGCCUGGAGGAUCUGUAAUGCGAAGAAGGUUCUGGCGCCUUACAGUAUGAAGACAGGCACGGUGACGCCGCAAUGAGUGUGCUGACAGCAGCGCAGAGAGCGGGAACCAGGAGUCGAGGGCCUUGAAGCCUGAUGAGGCUGCUGAACACAAAUCACUGCCAACAAUGGCGACUUAGCGCGACUGCGAUCGCUGCUAAUCUCAGGCAAUCACAACAUUCCUGAGCUGAGAAGGAUGAUGGAAGAUUACGGCUGACAGAUUGGCCGUUGCGAUGAGAAUUUGUGUUGAUGAUACCAAGAAAAGUUGUAUAGUGACUUUUGAUAGAUCAAGAUGUUCAAAUGUACGAGUUCGAGAGUUCAUCAC